CAUAGAGGAGGUGAGGAGGAGAGAGUGAAAGAUAGAUAUAGCGACGAGGAUCUGGUUUUCUAACUGCAGGAACUGUUAAGGAACUGUGAUGACAUUUUGGCUCAAUUUGUUUCACGAGAACUCUUGCCCUCGAGACGUUUUCUGGACUCAACGGUUGUCUUUUUGAACACCUUCAACCUUCGUUUCUCUCCGUUAAUCUACAACUCACCCACGGGCACGGCUAGAAAAAAAAUCCAGAUUGAGUUGACUCACCUGCUGGGAAUUUCCACCGGAUAUUAUUUCGCUUCUUGCUGAGCUAAUAUCAAAGCUUCGGAAACUUCUUAUUCUCUCUUUUCUCUCUGGUGCUGAACGGACAGUGGCGGUUGGCUGUGGCACGCGGAGAAAGGGAGUCUCGCCCCGAAGGAGAGCUGUCCGGUGCUGAAACCACGAGACCGACUAGGAGCACGCAAAGCACUGGUCUGGGAGCUGUCCUGGCUUUCUUUUUUAAAGCCACGGAAUAAAACAAAUAACCAAGAAAAAGGCAAUGUGUUGUCUUUGGUGCAAUAGCCAAUACUGGAACUGAUUUAUAUAUAUUUUAAUUUUUUGACCUUUCAGAACUCUACAGGUCUUUCAGUGGCGAGCUGUGGAAGGAAAACAGACUAUUUUCCCCAGGACCAAAACAAAAAUCUGAGCAAAAGUAAAUGUUAGGUAUCCUAAAAAACAGAAGCGCGUGAGGAGUGCUUGGUUUGUCUGAUCUUUAAAAGCCAUGUCCUCUCUUGAUUGGAGGAAGCGAACGCACCUUUAGUAGCUGAAACCAGGGAGUACACAAUAAUAAAAAUCAAGCUUUUAAGAGUUUCAGAUUUAGGUUUUGGUCAAGUUCGAAGCGUGUUUGGAAGACAGAAGAACAGUGUGUGUUUAUUGUAUAAGUAUAGGAACAACUACUGUCCCAUCAUGCCUCGGUCUUUCUUGGUGAAGAAAGUCAAAUUGGACGAUUUUUCGGCUUCAGCGCUUGAGAACUCAUAUAGUCAUAGCAGAAGAGAAGCCCUCAGUCUGCGAUUCCAUCAUCAUGACAAAGGCUAUGUCAGCGAUUAUCUUAGUCCAUCCCCAUACGAUGUUAUGGCGGGAAGUGAGUCACCUGUCAUCUCUAAAGUACCCUCCCCUAGCCAUCCGGCAAUCAUCUAUAGUCACAUCGACGACACCUAUUCUGGAAUCCAUGGUGAUGUCCACGGCGACUCAGACCAGCCGGAUAGCCCGAGAUCUGAGGUUUCAUCAUCAGCUGGUGGAUACAUCAACGGGGACGCAGCCGUGAGCGAUGGCUACACAGUGGAUGCAUUUUUCAUCAUGGACGGACGGUCACGGAGGAAAUCCACAGGAAACCCCAAAGGAACCAUUCAGAGGCACUCCUGCAGCGAGUGCGGCAAAACCUACGCCACGUCCUCCAACCUGAGCCGGCACAAGCAGACGCACAGGAGCAUAGACAGCAAGAUGGCCAAGAAGUGCCCCACAUGUGGGAAAGUCUACGUUUCCAUGCCUGCGAUGGCCAUGCACCUGCUGACCCACGACCUCAAGCACAAGUGCGACGUGUGCAGCAAAGCGUUCAGCCGGCCAUGGCUGCUGCAGGGCCACAUGCGCUCGCACACGGGUGAGAAGCCGUUUGGGUGCGCGCACUGUGGCAAAGCGUUUGCUGACCGGUCGAACCUGCGCGCUCACAUGCAGACGCACUCGGCCUUCAAGCACUACAAGUGCAAACGGUGUGACAAGACGUUUGCACUCAAGAGUUACCUGAACAAGCACUAUGAGUCAGCAUGCUUCAAGGGGGCUUUCUCACCUGUGAGCUCAGUGGGGGAAUGAUGGGCUCUGAAAAGUUGAUUUAAAUCAGAUUUUACUGGCCUCACGCUCUACUUUGCCUGCUUUCCCCAACAAGAAGACCAGUAUGCUCAAGCACUGCAAGGAUGGAGUGUUUUCUCUGCAAGGACCAUGACGCUUAAUAGACAAAAUAGAUUAAGAACAUGUCCAUUUGUAUCAAGACCCUCUAAUCCCUCCUUUGUCUCUUCUUUCCUCAUGUGGAAGUGGAGCAAAAAGUUUUCGACGCUUGAUUUAGAUUGCCACCUGCUUCGAUAUACGGAUACGUCCCCUUCUGAGGCUGUUUUGAGUAUCUGUGAAGAUAAAUAAAGCACAGCACAUCUAGCUCAUCAUUUUUGAAGAUACCUAGAUCUAUUUAUGCCCAUAUCUAUCCUUGUCCCACAUUUUUUUGGUUCAACCUAUGACUAAACAACACUGAAGCACAAGUCCUCUCCCAUCUCUGUCUUUCUGUGACAGCGAGUUUAAAGCAUGAAUCACAUCUUCAGUUUUCUUUGUAGAGAUUUAAUGAACUUUCAUAUAUUAAUGCUUUUAAAAAAACAAACAAAAUCAUAAUCUAAGGAUACAUCUGUUAUCCUGCUUUUGGUGAAAGCUUGGACUGAACUUAUAAGGAGAUAAAGCAUCAAAAGAAGAAAGCACACGGCAUUUGUUCUCUGCAAGUAAACAAAACACUUGUAAAGUUUUUCCUUUACACUGCUGACAUGCUUUGCCUACUGUAUACUAUGCUGACCACUGACACAUCCACACUGAUCUGUGAUAAUGUACAUACCUUCCAUAACAUGGUCGGUAUGGCAAGGUACACCUUUCAAGUGGGGAAAUCAUCUUUUGGGGAUUUUUCUUUAAACCAAAUGUCUCAAAUGGACACAGACAUACAAGCAGUUUUCUUUUCUUUUUUAAGUUAUGUUUUUGGCAUUUGUGCUUUACCUGAGAGUAAACAGUGGAAAGUGAGAGGAAAUUAGGGAGACAAACUGGACUUCCAUGGCUGAAAACUCCCACUGAGCCACCUUCCUUAACAAACAGUGUUUUCCUACAACUGAAAUCUGAUGUUAUUUAUUUUUACUUGUCAAUGUCAGAUGACGAUUUAGACAUUAAAAAUGUCCAGAUUUUCCUCAAAAGGUCAAACCUUUCUCAAGUGUUGUAAAAUAGUGUUCCUGUUGCCAGUGGGCCACACAGUAUUCAGCUUUGGGGUCUUUUUUAUGUGUCUAUUUAUUGUCUAAUUUAUUUAUUCAUGUUUUUGUAGAUGUAUUGAUUUUGCACUUUACUUUGUUAUAUUUUGCCUUUGUUACAAAUAUGCCAAAGCAUUUGACACUUUCUAAUUACCGAAUACCUUUUUACUUUUGUCCGCCACUUUAAUUAUAAAAACUACUGCAUGCAAAAAAUAACAAUAGCCUAAUAAUGGAAUCUAUGCCAAUUUUAUGAAUCUUUGGGAUAUUUUGCCAAACCUCUUAGAUAACAGGCAAAUUAAGCAAAUUUCUGUCUUGGGCAAUAUUCAUUCAUAUCCGAUAGAGCAAUAAUGCAUGAUAUUUUUGAAGAGUCAUAACUGCUUGUAAAAUCUUGAUUUUUCAAGUACCACUAUUCUAUGUAGUUAUGAGAAAUGAAAUUUCAGGGAGUUAGCAAACCAAGUUAGUGUUAAAUAUGGAGGGUUGGGUUAAGAGCUCUGUAUGUUAGAGGAAUUGGGACACUGUUGUGAUUCUUUGAGACCUUCUCCAGUGACUUCUGUGACUGUAAAGUGAAGUGUUUGAACAGAUUGAAUUAACAAGAGCAGAGAGUUAGUUUUCCAAUCUCUGCUGAUUUAGUAUGUAAUAUUAUCUAAAACAAUUGCCUCCUAGUUACAAACCUAUCUUGGCAUCAUUAGCUUGUUGGCAAUUGUGUCUGUGUAAGCAUUAGGAGCUGUUGGUGCUUCCAGGGAUUCACACAGAUGGCACAACUCCUCUAGGUGGAGGGCUCUGGGUUGGGUCGGGAUGGGUCUUUUUGUACAUGGUUU